UGUAGCCUUCCUGUCCAGGUCUGGGUGAGGUGCUCCUGUUCGUCCAGCUGCACAGAACCAGCUUUAAACUCCUCUCUCCCACAGCAGGGGUGGAGGAGACUAUUGUGGACAAACCUCACACACCCCUUCUCCUUCUCCUUCUCCUUCUCCUUCUCCUUCUCCGCUCAUAAACGAUGCUGCUGCAGUGAGUCACACCAGCCGAUCCUGGGAAAUACUUUAUUCUAGGCCUGGUGAUAAAGAGUGGAGCCCGGGCUGCCUCUCGCUCCCAGCAGGGACCUGACCGCAUGACAAGCAAGUGCAUGGGAGUAUCCUGCAGGGCCCGGCUCUAGAUCACGACCACGCCAGUCCUCCGCGCCUCCUCUCGUCUCCUCUCCUCGCCGCCGACUGGCAUGUGCGUAACGGCGUUACGCACGGAGCAGGACCGAGCCCUAUCUUGAUCCGCCUCGCAUCGGGAGAGAGAAUUUCAGGAUGAGCAGCAAGGAGUUGACGGUGGGCCUGUCCAGCCAGUACGUGGGGCCCUACCGGCUGGAGAAGACCCUCGGGAAGGGCCAGACAGGACUGGUGAAGUUGGGCGUCCACUGUAUCACGGGACAGAAGGUGGCCAUAAAGAUUGUGAACAGGGAGAAGCUCUCUGAAUCGGUUCUCAUGAAGGUGGAGAGAGAAAUAGCUAUUCUUAAACUAAUAGAGCAUCCUCACGUUCUGAAGCUGCACGAUGUCUAUGAGAAUAACAAAUACCUGUACCUGGUGCUGGAACAUGUGUCCGGAGGAGAGUUAUUCGACUACCUGGUGAAAAAGGGACGGUUGACGCCCAAGGAGGCCAGAAAGUUCUUCAGACAAAUCAUCUCCGCCCUCGACUUCUGCCAUAACCACUCCAUAUGCCACAGAGACCUGAAGCCAGAGAAUCUUCUCCUGGAUGAGAAGAACAACAUCAGGAUCGCAGACUUCGGCAUGGCGUCGCUACAGGUCGGGGACAGUCUACUGGAAACCAGCUGCGGGUCCCCACAUUAUGCCUGUCCAGAGGUCAUACGGGGGGAGAAGUACGACGGUCGCAGGGCCGAUGUCUGGAGCUGUGGAGUCAUCCUCUUUGCUCUUCUUGUGGGUGCUUUGCCCUUUGACCACGACAACCUGCGGCAGCUUCUGGAGAAGGUGAAGAGCGGAGUGUUCCACAUGCCUCACUUCAUUCCUCCGGACUGCCAGGCUCUGCUCAAGGGAAUGAUAGAAGUCAACCCGGACAAGAGACUCACGCUUGAAGCAAUACAGAAACACGCCUGGUACCAGAGCGGCCGAAACGAGCCGUGUCCGGAGCAGCCGGCGCCGCGCCGCGUGUGCGUGAAGAGGAUCCUGUCCCUCACGGACCUGGACCCCGACGUGCUGGAGAGCAUGUACUCGCUCGGCUGCUUCAGAGACCGGGCCAAACUCACACAGGACCUUACAAGUGAGGAGGAGAACCAGGAGAAGAUGAUCUACUACCUCCUGUUCGACCGGAAGGAGCGGUACCCCAGCUGUGAGGACGAGGACCUGCCGCCCAGGAACGACCUCGACCCUCCCAGGAAGCGCGUGGACUCGCCCAUGUUGACACGUCACGGCCGCUGUCGUCCCGAGAGGAAGAGCCUGGAAGUCCUCAGUGUCACGGACCAGGGGUCUCCCACCCCCCCUCGCAGGGCUCUGGACACGAGCGCACACAGCCAGAGGUCUCGUUCAGUCAGCGGAGCGUCCACUGGUCUGUCCUCCAGUCCCCUCAGCAGCCCCAGGAGUCCGGUCUUCACUUUCAGCCAAUCAGAAGUCACCUCCACUACCGCUCCCUCCUCCAAAGACCCCAAACCAGGAAGUGCCGCCACCAGCGCUCGGCCCACCCGCCCGGCGCCUGACCCCAAAACCAUGACCCUGCCCUCAAAGGGCCCCACUGAACGGCACCAGCUUCACUCCAUGAAGUCCCUCCCUCUUCAGACUCCACGCUCCCCCUCCCCGUCUCCGUCCCCGCUCCUGUCCCCCAUCCCACGCUUCUUCAACUUCCCCUCGCCGUCUGUCUUCAAGUCCAAGAACUCCCAGUCGUCCUCUAACUCCUCUGCCACCCCUCCCCCUGUUUCACAGGUCACGCCUCAGGGCUCGCCGCUGCCCACUCCGCUGGGCACGCCCGUGCACCAAAUUCAACACCCUUCCUCCACCACCCCUCCCUCUUCCUCCUCCUCGUCUUCUUCUUCCAGAGCCGACGGAGGGGGCGGGGCCUCGAUGUCGCUGACCCCGCCCUCCAGCCCGGGCGGCAGCGGCGGCAUGGCCGCUUCAAGCUCCGCCCACUGGAGAACAAGGCUCAACUCGUUCAAGAACAACCUGCUGGGCUCGCCGCGCUUCCAUCGGCGCAAAAUGCAAGUCCCUACAUCCGAGGACAUGUCCAGUUUGACUCCAGAGUCCAGUCCAGAACUGGCCAAGAGGUCGUGGUUCGGUAACUUCAUCAGCCUGGAGAAGGAGGAGCAGAUCUUUGUGAUGAUCAGAGACAAGCCGCUCAGCUCCAUCAAGGCCGACAUCGUCCACGCCUUCCUCUCGAUCCCGUCCCUCAGCCACAGCGUGGUGUCUCAGAACAGUUUCCGGGCAGAGUACAAGUCCUCCGGCGGCCCCUCUGUCUUCCAGAAACCUGUCAAGUUCCAAGUGGACAUUGCUUUCUCAGAAGGAGAGAGGGAGCGAGAGAGGGAACGAGCCGAGAGGGAAGGAAGAAGACAGAUGGGAAUCUACAGCGUCACCUUCACGCUAGUAACAGGUCCCAGUCGCAGAUUCAAAAGAGUUGUGGAAACCAUUCAGGCUCAGCUGCUGAGUACUCACGAUCAGCCGUCUGUGCAGGCACUGGCUGAUGAGAAGAACGGUCAGCUGACUCGCCAGCCCAGCACUCCCUCGCGUCAAAACUCCCGGCGUUCCGAAAGUGGAUCCGACCGGGAGCGGGGGGAGCGGGGGGAGCGCCCGGCGGACGGAGGAACCGGAAGUGGGAGCAGCAGUAGCACCGUCUUACAAAGGCGAGGGUCAGGGAAAGACAAGACCAGACUCCUCUCGUCGUCCAAUGGGACGCAGUCUCACCCCUGAGAAGAAUGUUGUGGAAGAGAGGCCUUCCUCUCUUCCUUCCCUCUGUCCUUCCCACCUUGUUUCCUUUCCUGUUUCCUUACUUUCUGCCUUUGCCUCCUGCCGUUACCCUCGAGCAAAGGGAUGGAGGAGGGGACGUUUUUCCUUGGAGCUGAUCGAAGGAUGUGAUGGAGAAAUGUUGAUCUGUGGGGGAGACGGGUCGAUCCCUCGUCGGCCUUCAGGACGUCGGUUCAGUUCCACCUCACCAGAGAAACACAGGAAGUGCUCACAGCCAGAGAAAGGCCUAGCUCACCCACUCCAGCCAAUCAAGAAGCACAUGGCCUUCCCGCUGACCAAUCACACACGUGGUUCAGAUGGAACAGGAAACCUCCCACCUGUCAGUCAAAGUGCUGAUUAUCUCCAGAUCCUCACCUGGAUCCUCACGUCUCCUCGACACCACCUGACCCAACAUGACAAACCUGCUCCUCUCUCCUCCUCGAGGCAAAUCGUUUCUCAAGCAAGGCAACGAGACGAGGACGCCCCCCCGAGGACGGAGCUAGAAUUACAGAACCAGUCGAAACACGAAUAAUUAGCGACCUGACCGAGCUGUGUUAGUCUGAGAGAAGAGCGAAUCAAAGAAAUGACAGAAAAUGUAAUUGUCUGUGUAACGUAGCCCUAAAGGUGAAAUUCACAACUUUUCCUUCGAGUGAUUGAGAAACAUUAAAUCCCACAAUUAUUUCUGGAUUACACUGAUAAAGCUAUGAUACCGUGUUGCCUUUAACGGAGGAGAAAAAGUGGAUAGGUAGUUAGAUUUAGUCCCAUUUUCAGGACACUGUAGUCACACCACAGGUAGAAUCUCUCACAAGUAAAAACUCCAACACAAAACUGAGAAGAGACACAAGUGACCGAGAGCCUCUGGAGCGAACGCAGCGAUGAUGAAGGUCUGAGGAAGAGGCCAGGAUGUACUCCGUCUUAAUCGAUACGUCAUAUGAACAUUGAAAGAGUUCUCUUUUCCUGCUGUGAAGAAAAACCUUACAAACGCAAAUCCACGAAAAGACACACGACUCUUCCAUCAUCAUUAAUUUAGAGCCGCUGAGUUUGGAAACACUGCCGGUAUCGAUUUAGUUUUAAAACUCUUGGAACUACAAAAAGCGUAAAAACUUUAAAAAGUCAAUCAAUCAAUCUACGCAAAUUUACAGAAAAUUAUUAAACCUGCAAUAUGAUUGUUGGCCACUGGGAGGCAGCGUAAACUUGACACAUCUACGUUUCAGUCACCUUUAACUUGAACUUGUUAUUAAACCAAUGUUAGCUCAUGAAUUCCUAGCUAUUUAUACACGUGAGUCUCUUUUAGUUCAGGUUUUGAAAUAUCGUCGGACAGAGUUCAUCAAAGUUUAACUCCAGCGCGAUUCGUCUAGUCACAGGAAGCAAACGUUUUAUUCGCCUUUUCGCAAAAAUUGGAAAAUAUCGUGAGGCAAAGGUUCAUCACUGCUACACAUGUGUGACCGCACCCUUAGUCUGAAGGAGAUCACUUUAGUUUGAAAAUGUACGGAUGUAACCUAAUACAAGACUAACUCCCUCAAACCCCUCCCCUGUACAGCAGCUGUCCAAUCACAGCCAAGCGACGUGCAUUCUCAGUUAUUAAACUAGCUAGUGACAGAAAAACGUGACGGCUGCUGUCGAGGAUCAAGUUGAAUUCUUCUUUUGUUUCCGUUUCUGAAAUCAAAUCAUUGUUUUACAGGAAAUUUAAAAUAUCUUUUUUAUUUUCUGUACGUUUUAUUUACCCGGAUUCUGUUUCCUUCGUGAGGACAUGAACAUUUCAAUCAACACAGUAGUUAACGUGAUUCCCGGCUCGUGUUAGGACGAGGACGAGGAAGAGGACGAGGAAGAGGACGAGGAAGAGGAGGACGUGAAUGUUUAUUUCCCGACUUUGUUGAAUGUAAUUACAUUCUGAAACUCGUAGAAACUCCCACCCUCACAAUCCGGUGACUCCAGGAAGGAGCAGCACGGAGACAACGAAACUCUUUCAAUGUUCAUAUCGUCAGUUAACUCACCAGAGCAAAACGAAAACCCAUCACAGCAGCUGAAGUGAUGGAGACUCGAACCAAGAGGCCGGGGAAACAGGACGACCCAAACUCUUCAAUGUUCCUUUGAGUUCGACCCUGCUGCCCCUCCUGAGAGAGAGAGAGAGAGAGAGAGAGAGAGAGAGGGAGGGAGGGGGACAUGAACACAUGAACUUUCCUCAAGAGGGAGGAGAACCCAGAAAGGAAAAAGACUUGGGUUUGUCGUCUGUCGUAGGAAUUCUGCACACAAGCCUGGAAAAGAAAACACAAGUCACACGUGAAGAAUGAACAUUUUUAAUCUUUUUCUUUCCGUUUUUUCCUCUUCUCUCACUUCUGCUCGGGUCUUUCUGUGUUCCAGUUUCUUUUCAUCAUGUUUUUGUGUGUUUGCCACCAGCGAAGGAAAGAAGGAGGCGCGGCGGGAACAAACCUGAAUGUCACAAACUUUUUUGAAAUGAGUCUGAACAUAUUUUUGUUCCAUGUAUUUAUUGAAAAUGUAUUUAUUUAUUUAUUUAUUUUCAAAGUGUUUGUUGAAAGUGUGAUUUGUAAGAGACGACGGGGGGGGGGGGGGGGGCGACAGGUAGUUAUCACUUUAAAUAAUGAAUGAUUCAAUAAGUACAGCCACUAACAGGCCAAAGUUUCCACUCGUCCAGUGAAAUAUCUCAACAUCCACGCAACAAGUUGAACAUCCAGGUCUCUGAUUGGUUGUAGUUUGAUUUGUUUAACGGAGCAUCGGGUCCAAAUUGAAGAAUAAAACAACUUCAGGUACAAAACGAGAUUAAAAUAAAGUACUUUAAUAAGAACAAAGUAGUAAUGCUACGUCGAGAUGCUUCACUUUCUUUAUCUUAACGCAGGGGACAGGUAACUGAUCCGAUGAUGUUCCCCCUCUCAUGUAACGUGUAGCCUAAUAAUGUUAAUUUAUUCUCGUAAAAGUACAAAUUUCCCCCGAGAUUUCCACUUAAAUCUGGAAAUCUCCCCGAUUCACAGUCGGUUUAUGAGAAAUCAGGACAGAACGACAGCCUCAUUAGCACUUAGGUCUCAGCUGCCCAUCUUCACGUGCUCCCAGCCGGUGACCCUCCACCGGGGCGUCACCGGCUGACGGCCUCUCGGUCAGGACGUUUAAUAAUUAACGUACUUUCUUGUCACUUUCAUUCCCAGUGAAAUGUUCUGUUCUCAUUCAAACAACCCACUGACACAGACACUUUCCUGAUCGACAUGUUUGACUGAUAGAAGCUCGUAGUUCACACCAGGUUCAAAUAUCCCCCCCGUCCUGAUUCCACUGAACCUGUCGACACUCUCUGGUUUUUCUUUGCACAGAACCGUUGGAAAAUGUCUGUUCUGGGUUUUCACAUUAAAUGUAAAUGUGUCCCCCCCCCCCCGCCCUCCUUCUCAUGUAAUCGGAGGCUUUGUGUUCAGUCCCCCCCCCGCUCAGAGGAGGCCCCUCAGGCAGCUCAGGCUGUGACGUGCUCUCACUUCAGAAAGGCCAGAGGUCGGGGGGGCUCCACUGUUCCUGGAGCACGUGAGCAGGAGAGAGUUAUGUCACCAUCUUUUUUUUUAACACGAGGUCAGAGUCGACCACGACCGGCUUCAGAGAGAGGCUCAGGAAGAGACAGAAGAAGAAGAGGAGGAGGAGGAGGAGGAAGAGGAGGCUGCUCCCGCCACCGAAGAGAAUCUCCCCCCUCCCUCCCUCAGUCCUCCUCCCCCCCCCCUCCACUUUACAUUUGCUACUCCCUCAUUCGUCCUCUUUGUAACCAUCCCCGUCCCCACUGCACAUAUCUCACCCACGUAUAUAAUCGACACCCCCCCCCCUUGUAUACAUUUUAUACACCGUAUACUUCGAUGCAGAAGCUGUAUACAUUUGUAUGCACUGUAUGCCUGUCUCCAUUGUAUGCCAUUCAUAUCUAUGUAGCCUUCACUAUCUUUUACCCACAUCGUAGCCACUCCUCAUCAUCAUUCUUCUUGUACCACUAUAAUCUCUUGUGUCCCGCCCCUGACCACCGCUUCACCUCGGGAGCCUCCCCUCCGCACAGUAGAGAAAGAUUUAUUUUAUUUUUCAUUUUUUUGUUUCCACUCGGAAAUCUUCAUGAUGUCAGAAAGUAAAAAAAAAAAGAACAACUCGACGACGGAGGAGGGGGAGGUGUGCGUGUGUGUGUCUGUGUGUGGAGGGAGGGGGGGGGAGUGGGUCGAGAAAACACAGCUAAUGACGACAACGACGACAAAGAGAAAUGUCUGUAGUAUAAUUACAAAAAAGGAAAAGUGCACUAUUAUGACAACGAUUAUUAUUGCCUGUGAGAAAUACUGACCAAUAAACAACAAUGGAAAAAUGCUCAAGUGUUUGUGUCAUUAUUCAUUAUAGUUUGUUAUGAAAACUAAAUCACUGAUACAUUUACCAUAGAGUACUUAAUAUCCACAUGAGCUCCAGGACUGA